UGAUAGGUAGUACAAUUUAAACUUUGACCAGGGGAAACUCAUCGUUUGCAUGAUGUAUUCAUAAUAGAAUGUACUUUUUUUCCCUUAAACCAGCAGAGAAUAAUGAUCAGAAAAGGAUAGCUAGGCUGUGCCAUGGUGUUGAGGAAAAUCCAAGAAAGUCAAGAGAAAAAACAAACAGCAAAACUAUGAAGAAAGGCCAAAGCAGCGGAAAGUCCUUUAGCGUUGCCCAUGAAAUAAAGAACAACUGGAGCAGUAAAAUAGAAGAUCGCAACAAUGAAAACCUGCCCACUUUUGAACUCAUGCUGAAAAAAAAAUUUAAGAACAGUGAUGGAUUCUGCAGAAGAUACAAAUUUGGGAAAAACACCACAAAAGAGAACAAGACUAUUAUGAUGAUCGGAGCCACAGGUGCUGGAAAAACCACCCUCAUUAACAGCAUGAUCAACUACAUUCUGGGAGUGAAAUGGGAAGAUGAUUUCCGGUUUGUGCUGAUAGAUGAAGGACAACAGAAAUCCCAGGCUGAAAGUCAGACAUCAGAGAUCACAGCAUAUCAGAUUAAUCACAUGGAUGGUUUCCGGGUUCCAUAUUCUUUAACCAUUGUGGACACACCAGGCUUUGGAGACACCAGAGGAGUUAAACAAGACCAGAAAAUCACAGCUCAGAUUCAGGAGUUCUUCUCUGCUCGUGGAGGAGUCGACUGCAUUGAUGCGGUGUGUUUUGUAGUUCAGGCUUCACUUGCCCGUCUGACACCCACACAGAAAUAUGUCUUUGACUCAAUUCUCUCCAUAUUUGGAAAAGAUAUUGCUGAAAACAUCAUGGUGAUGGUCACCUUUGCAGAUGGGAAAAAACCUCCAGUUCUCGAGGCCAUCAAAGUCUCUGAAGUUCCUUGUUCUACAGAUGAUUCUGGAAAGCUGAUUCAUUUCAAGUUCAACAAUUCUGCUGUGUUUACCAACAUUAAUAAAUCUGCAGAGGACGAGGACUCUGAUUGUGAAAACUUUGAUAAAAUGUUCUGGAAACUGGGAAUUUCUAGCAUGAACAAAUUCUUCACGUCCCUCAGCAAGACAGAAACCAAAAGCUUAUGUCUGACACGAGAGGUCCUGAAUGAGCGAAAGAAACUUCAGGUGCUUGUGGAAGGCCUACAACCCCAGAUCAAUGCUGGUCUGACAAAACUGGAUGAAAUAAGGAAGACAAGAGCUGCUCUGGAACAAAACAAGGCUCAGAUGGAGGCAAACAAGGAUUUUGAAUAUGAAGUAGAAGUAACUGUACCGAUACAGAUUGAAAACACCACUGGCUACUUCUUGACCAACUGCCAAACGUGUCACGUCACGUGUCAUGAAACAUGUGUAAUUCCAAAUGACAGUGAUAAACAUGAGUGCAUUGCCAUGAAAGAUGGAAAGUGUCAAGUCUGUCCUGGACAGUGUGUCUGGAAUAUUCACUUCAAUCAGAAAUAUAAAUGGAAUUAUGUCAAAGAAAAGAGAAAGGAAACCUACAAGGAUUUGAAAAAGCGAUUUAAAGAAGCUCAUGGAGAGGUCAUGACCAAAGAAAAGAUCUUUGAAAAGCUUGAAAAUGAGCUUCACAUUGUCCAGGAAAUUGUCACUGGACUGAUUGCGAAAUCUCAGAAGUCUUUGGAGCGUCUGCAGGAAAUCGCCCUCAAGCCCAAUCCGCUGUCUACGCCUGACUACAUUGAUCUGAUGAUUGAGUCUGAGAAACAAGAAGCCAAGCCUGGAUUUACAGAUCGCAUUCAGUCUUUAAUGGGGGUCAGGAAGAAUGCAGAGAUCAUCACAUGUGAUCUUGAAAGUGAGGAAGUGGGCCAAGAAAGGACAGGAGAAGAAGAGGAACCAGAACAAGAAAUGCAAGAUGAAAACCAGAGAGAACAGGCAGAGCAAUGUGAGACAGGAGAGACCGAGAGGAGGGAUGUCCAAGAAACGGAGAUAGAGGAACAAACAAAGGAAGACAGAGUAGAGAGUGAGAGAGAGAAAAUAGGAGAAAUGGAGGGACAGAAAGAGGGACUGAAAGAACUAGAUAGGAUGGCCCCAGAUGAAGAGAGAGCUCUGACCGAGUAA